UGCGCUAAUUCAGCGUUAGCUGCUAAAGCAAAUGAUGAUCUCUCGGAGUAUUAGCUACAGACUGAGAACACACUGUAUUUGCUUGGAUGUUCUGUAACACCUGUAAAUACAUAGGCAUUUUAGGGCGUCAACUGAACAUUUCUGUGGCAAGUGAAGAUACACAGUGCAGGUUUGAUCACCGCUUGCACAUACAUCGUAAAGAUGGGAAGACAGUAGCCUAAAUAUGGAGAAUCAGAAGAGCUCUGGAGAGGAGGAGAGCUCCGGAGAGCGUGGCCUACUCCACACAUGGAAGGGCUACUCCUGCAGCGUCACCCCAGAAAAAGUGCUCCUCUCCCGGCCGGUGCUGCAGGCAGCCCUGGGCAACAGACAUGGAGUACUUCUGGUGGAGGGUGGGCAGGUAUACAGUUUUGGCGAACUGUCCUGGAAACAGACGCAGGCGCCGUCGUCAGCGGUGACAUCAGAGCCGGUCUUGGAGGCGGGCCUCAGCGGUCAGCGGGUGGUGUCGGUGGCAGCCGGCGGCUUCCACAGCGGCGCCGUGACGGAGGACGGCGGCGUGCACAUGUGGGGGGACAACGCCCACGGACAGUGCGGCCUAUCGGGGCUCGCCACCGUCCCUAACCCCACCCCCGUGGCCGUGGUCGACCAGCUCGAGCCGGCCUCCGCGUCCUCGUCCUCGUCCUCGUCCGCGUCUCAGGCGUGCGUCUCGCCGCAGGUGGUGGUGGUGGCGGUGGUGGAGCUGGCGUGCGGCGAGCAGCACACCAUGGCGCUCUCGGCCCGCCACGAGGUGUGGGCGUGGGGCAGCGGCCUGCAGCUGGGCUACCCCGCGGGCACCGUGCCGGCGUGGCGGCCGCAGCGGGUGGAGCGGCUGGCGGGGCGCCACGUGCUCCAGGUGGCAUGCGGCGCCUUCCACAGCAUGGCGCUGGUGCGGUGCCCGGCUCCGACCCUCGAGCCGCGCCGCCCGCCGCCGGACAAGUGCGGCCAGUGCAACCAGCUGCUCUACACCAUGACCGACAAGGAGGACCACGUCAUCAUCUCCGACAGCCACCACUGCCCCCUAGGGGUGGAGGUGGGGGUUGGGGUUGGGCUGGGCGGCGAGGUGGCAGCGGAGGUCCGGCGGAGCUCGGAGGGUAGCCCGGGGGGGAAGGGGGGGUCGCCGGGUCAGCAGAAGGUCAAGAGCUCUCCGUCGGAGCCUCUGUUGUCCACGCACAGCCACGGUCACCCCAGGCCUCCGAGCUCGACCUCCACGGCUCCUGGUUCUUCCCCUGCCCCCGCCGCGUCUCCGUCCCAGGAUCAGGCUUCCUCCUCCAGCCUGGACUCCUCUGAGGAGGCCUCUAAGGCGCUGGAGGAGCCUGAGGCAUCAGAGCGCACCAAUCCAGAGCCGACCUCGUCGGCGGACCAAGACCCCAGCACCGUACAGGAGGACGGCUCCAGAACUCAAGGGGGCGCUACUCUGGGGGCAGGGGCUAAAAACUCACCCUACCCAAAUGAGCAGGCGGUGAAGGACUACCUGAAGAGACUGUCGGACCACGCGCUGUGCGAACAAGCUGCCAAGUCUCCACCACUGGCACAGCGUUCACAGACGGACGCCAUCGCCGACGUCUUCACCCCCGACCCCGACCCCGACGACGCAACCGCCACCUCCAUCGUCACGGCAGUGCCGUCCGGCGGCCCGGUGGGCUCGGCCCUCAACAGCCUGGUGGCGUCGUGCGCCUCGGUCGUGGGCGAGCGCGUGGCGUCCACCUGCGAGGCGCUCUCGCUCCGCAAGGUCAUGAACUACUACUACCCGGUCUCCUCCUCCUCCUCCUCUUCCUCCCCCGCGGCCGGCCCCGGGGCCCUUCCGGAGGGGGGGUCUGGCCCGGGGGGUCUGGCCCACCUGGAGGAGUCGCUGCAGGGCAAGAAGAGCUCCAGCCUGGGGGACAUCCGCGAGGAGGAGGCGGAGGGCCUGAGCCGACGGCUGUCCCUGCCCGGCCUCCUGUCUCAGGGUAGAUACGCAGUUCAGCUCUUAUCAACCGCAUACGGGGGGAUGCUCUCUCCUCGUCUGUUGCGUCGAUGCAGUCGCUCGCGUGUGAAGGCCGCACCACUCACGCCACCGGUGGUUGCCGAGGGCGACGGCCUCCUUCCCUCCCUGCAGACGGAGGUGUGGAGUUGGGGGCGGGGCCAGGAAGGCCAGCUGGGCUACGGCGACUAUCAGACCAGGUCGCAGCCUCUGUGUAUUAAGAGUCUGAGCAGUAAGGAGGUGGUGAGAAUAGCGGCUGGUGCUAAUCAUUCCUUGGCCCUCACUGCGCAAUCUCAGGUUUUCUCCUGGGGUAGUAACAGCUCUGGUCAGCUUGGUCAUAUGGAAUCACCCAGCACCAUACCUCGCCUGGCUAAGCUGUCAGAAGGGAUCCGUGUGUGGGACGUGGCAGCGGGGCAGCAGCACACGCUCCUAUUGGCCGACGGCGACUGCUUCCAGCCAAUCCUGUACUACAGCGGGCAGCAGGUCAGGGAGGGGGCGGGCCAGACAUCCAAGGAGGGGUCAGGGGGCUACACCCAGCAGCCUGUCCUGCUCCCCUUCUGCAUGAACCUUGGCUACGUGAGCAGCGUGUUUGCGGGCGGUCAGGCGUGUGCGGCGGUGGCGGAUAAGAACGUGAUGGGCUUCAUCGCCAGUCUGCACGAGCUGGCGGCCGCCGAGAGGAGGUGCUACUGUAAACUCACCAGCGUCAAAACACAAGUGCUGCAGCCGCUCCUCAAAGCAGACAAUCUCUGUUCAUCCCUCGGCCCGAGCUCCACUGGCCUUUUGCAAACUCUGAUUGGGCGGUUCCAUCGGGUGUGUCAGCUGACUGGUCAGAACUCUGCCUCACUGACGUCCCUCCUCAGGCGCUCGCGGGACAUCAAAGGCCUGGUCAUCCUGGACAACGCACAGGUGUUCAUGGACGCCUACACAGAGUAUGCCACUUCAGUGGGGAACUUCCUGGUCAUAGGAGGCUUCCAAGCACUAGCAAAACCUUGCCAGGACCUGUUUGGUAAGGGCUGUGAGGUGGUUCAGCGCCUGGUGGAGAGUGCAGAUGAGAGCGCUCCACUUCCUGACCUCCUGCUCUCACUCCUCCACCUUCCCAUCAAGCACCUGCAGGAGUACGGACGCCUGCUGCUCAAACUGGCCACCUGCUACGAGGUGCCAUCUGAGUUUAGUGGGGAGUCUCCAACAAACAUUCCUUGUAAAAGCAUGCAUGGAAAAAGCUCUCCAGAUUAUCAGAAGCUGCAGGACGGCUGCUCUAAGUUUGAGUCUCUGGUCCUUCAUCUGAAGAGGAAGAGGAAGGAGGCAGACUACACUCUUCACUUCUGGAAGAGCUUCCCUGGCAAGAUGACUGAUUCCCUGCGGAAGCCGUCUCGGCGCUUGGUGUGUGAGAGCAGCAACAAGGCGCUAACGCUGCAGAAUGCCGGAAGGUUCUCUGUGAACUGGUUCAUCCUCUUCAACGAUGCCCUCGUCCACGCACAGGGAAUGGUUCCCUAUAAAAGCCUCUUUUCCACCCAUCAUGUGUUCCCAUUGGCCACGCUCUGGGUGGAGCCUAUUUCAGAGGAGAUCACUGGCCUGUAUGGACUGAAGGUGAUCACUCCUGAAGAGACCUUCACUCUGCUGGCUUCAUCAUCAAUGGAGAAGGCGAAGUGGCUUCGUUCCAUACACCAGGCGGUGGAGCAGGCGCUGAGUAGCGUGGGGUCAGAGGUCGCGUCCCUGGCCGCAGGUGGGGGGCCUAGAGCUGACCCCCCCAUCUCGCGCACGGCCACGUACAAAUUCUAUAAAGACGGUCGUCUGAAGGACGCCACCUACGAGGGACGCUGGCUGUCAGGGAAGCCCCAUGGCAGGGGCAUGGUUAAGUGGCCUGAUGGCAGAGUGUACACCGGAACAUUCAAGAACGGUCUGGAAGAUGGUUUUGGAGAGUACAUUUCCCCCACUAAGAACCUGAAUAAGAGUGACCAUUACCAGGGCAACUGGAAAGAGGGCAAGAUGCAUGGCUUUGGGACAUACAGGUAUGCAACAGGUGAGGUGUACGAGGGCUGUUUCCUAGACAACAUGCGUCAUGGCCACGGGAUGCUGCGCAGUGGCAAGCUGAACUCCUCAUCACCGAGUGUCUUCAUUGGCCAAUGGGUCAAUGACAGGAAGUGUGGCUAUGGCGUCUUUGAUGACAUCACCAGGGGUGAGAAGUACAUGGGGACGUGGCAGGAUGACCAGAGGCAGGGUCAUGGAGUGAUUGUGACCCAGUUUGGCCUUUACUACGAGGGAGCCUUCAGCAACAACAAGAUGAUGGGUACUGGGGUGUUGCUCUCUGAAGAUGACACCACAUUUGAGGGAGAGUUUUCUGAAGAUUGGACGCUUAGUGGGAAGGGUAUCUUGACCAUGCCUAACGGGGACUACAUCGAGGGCUCUUUCGGUGGUGUGUGGGGUACGGGGCUCAAGAUCUCCGGCUCCUACUAUAAACCCAACCUCUACGACUCCGACAAGGACAAGAGCCGCACGCUUAAGCUGGGUGGUCUGGCGGUGUCGUCGGAGGAGAAGUGGCUGGCGGUGUUUGAGGAGUGCUGGAGGAGGCUGGGCUCGGACACCGUGGGGCACGGAGACACUAGCCACGCCUGGGACAACAUCGCCAUCGCCCUCACAACCAACCGCCAGAGACACAGGGACAGUCCGGAGCUGUUGUCUCGCUCUCACCAUAAAACUCUGGAGAGCCUCGAGAUCAUCCCACAACAUGCAGGGCCGGUCACCAUGGAGAAGUAUGACACCAUCCGCCACUACCUCAUCAAGGCGUGCGACACCCCGCUGCACCCGCUGGGUCGUCUCCUGGAGAUGCUGGUUGCCGUGUACCGCAUGACCUACGUGGGCGUGGGGGCCAACCGCAGGCUCCUCCCACAGGCCGUCAACGAGAUCAAGUCCUAUCUCAGCCGCAUCUUCCAGAUCGUCAGGUUCCUGUUCCCAGAUCUUCCCGAGGAGGGCGGUUUGAUCCCGGAGACGGCCGAUGCUCAGCAGGAGAGGGACUCCAGCUCCUCUGAUGCCCAGCUGGAGGCUCCGCGGCGUGUGGUGAGCAGCUCUGCCCUGCUGCUGCCCGUGCUGCUGCCCCGUCUGUACCCGCCGCUGUUCACACUUUACGCGCUGGACAAGGAGAAGGAGGAGGACGUCUACUGGGAGUGUGUGCUGCGCCUCAACAAGCAGCCCGACCUGGCACUCCUCGCCUUCCUGGGAGUGCAGCAAAAAUUUUGGCCAGUAUCUGUCACAGUUCAGGGAGAGGAGCAACAGGUGGUGAUCAGCACAAAGGAUGCCUGCUUUGCCACAGCAGUGGAGACCUUGCAGCAGAUUAGUACAACUUUCACUCCGUCCGACAAGCUGCAGGUGAUUCAGCUGACCUUCGAGGAGAUCACGCAGGAAGUGCUAGCGCUGCUGAAAGAGGACUUCCUGUGGUCCAUGGACGACCUGUUCCCUGUCUUCCUCUAUGUGGUCCUACGUGCGCGCAUUAGGAAUCUGGGGUCGGAGGUCAACCUGAUUGAGGACUUGAUGGACCCGUGUGUGCAGCAUGGGGAGCACGGCAUUAUGUUCACCACACUCAAGGCUAGUUACUACCAGAUCCAGCAUGAGAAGAUCACCUAGUGGUUGGGCUUGAUGCGUCUUGCUGAGUGACAGGUCAGCUAACCAAUCACAGAUCAUGACAGAGUGCUUGACAAAACAAGGACUCCGUGGCAAGCCCUGUCAGAAGUGUGCCACUCGGCCUCUGGUGGGGACGUUUGCCUCCGUACGAGUGUUUCAACGUCUAUCAUACUCUUCUGUGGAUUGGCUACAGUAACUACCAGCAUGUCCUGAAACCCUCACCCACACACUACCCCUGUUCCCCUAUGACAUAUUCUCUAACCACUGUGUGUGUUCCACAGUAGAACCAUUUUAGUGACCGCUGGGUGUUCUGCGGUAGAACUGCCAGUGGGUGUAUUCUGAAUGGAACACGUUUUGUCCUAGGGGUGUCUCUGUGAUGUCUUGGUGGUCUGUCUCACCAGUGAUGUCAUGUUCUCAUGUCCACUAAGAUGGACACACGGACCAAUGCAUAGCACCUGUUGAAUGUUUUUUUUUAUUAUUAUUAUUAUUGUUGAACACUAAUAUACUUGCAGUUUUUUUUAAUUUGUACAGUACUUGUUCAGACCUCAUGCUGUUACCAUGAUUAAGCACACUAUGUCUCGUGGAGUUUCAGAGAUCCAGGGCUUUAGGAAAAAACUCACACCUUUGGUAUUUAUUAUGUGGAAGCGUUCUCGUAAGCUUUACCCAGAGCCUGGCCCAAGUAAACAUAUCGUCUGCUACUGUUUACGUUGCACACACACACACUCGCAUCUCAGAGAGUGUAGUGGCUCUGUCUGAUUUUUUUAACAUUACAGUGUUAUGCAAAUAACUGACAAGGUUAAGAGGAAAAGGUGAAGACAUAUAAGCUUUGUUCUUAGUUUUUUUGAAGUGACCUCUGAAGAGAGAUGUUGUAGUGAAAUCCUGCUAGCGCAGUGGUUUUGACUUGCGAUGACAACUUCCAGUGUUUCAGUGUUCGGUACCUCAUUGUACCAGUGUUUAAGCUCGAUUGAGAGGAAGUAUUGUUUCUUAGUACCAUUGUUGCUUCUGGGUGACCUCAUGAAGGUUAUUUCUUUUCACUCAGGGGUCACUCAGAACUCUGACACAACAGUAAGAAGACACACAUACACAUAGUACACAUACACAUACACAUACACAUACACAUACACAUACACAUACACAUACACAUACACAUACUGUACACAUACACAUACACAUACACAUACACAUACACAUACACAUACACAUACACAUACACAUACACAUACAUACACACACACACACACACAUCCGUGUUCACAGUGCAGUGUACUUAACAGUGUAGUAAAACGUAAACCAAAUCAGAAAGAGGAAUUUAAACCGGUUCACGUAGGACCUGUUCACGUACAGUAGGUUUCUGUGGAAAUAUGCACAUUGUUGUCAUUUUGUGAAUAGUGUGUUCCAAAUUCUGUGUCCGAGCACGCAGUAUCCCUGUGACUUCCAGCUUUGUUUGCAGUUUACCAAAUGUUUGCAGUUGCUGGUUUACAAUACCAAGUAACCUCAUGUGAAAGACAUUAUUUAACUCCGCACCAACUGUCAGAUGAACAUAGAGCAAAGGGAUGCUCUGAAGGGAUUAACCUAGUUUGGGUUCAUUUGAUAGCGACUGGUUCAUCGCAUAUUUAUGUUGAAGCUUUCUAUUAAGUGGGGGGAAAAUAAUGUUUGAUUUGACAUCUUACAUAAUCAGAUUCAGACAUUCACACUCGUGUAAAGUCCAAGAAUGUUCACAAGGUGUCUAUAAGAAAGAUAUUUACUCUGACAAUCUCACUCCUUGUGAGCAGCUUCUUCGGGAAGUGUGGGGUGGGGGGGGGGGGAGUAUAGCCAAGAUGGCCAUAAGGCUGACUUGAAACCGUCCUUAAUGUUGCCUCCGACCAUCCGCUCCGUGUUCAGUCAUGGUCAGGGACAUGUAAGUGGUCAAUUCGACCUCGACGGAGAGUGUGCGUCGCUGUGAGUAAUCCUCCUCGGCGGACUCUGCUCUUAUCUGAUCAUCUGUCAGUUUGCAUAUCAGCUCUCAAGGUCAGAGGUCAAUGGACGACUUGAGAUGGUGUUCCAGCAGUGACCUUGGGAGUCAGAUGACGGACUCGCACUCACACACACCCACGCACACAUACAGUAACACAUUGCGUCAUAUCAGAGUGGCUGAUGAUGUGCAACAGAACAUCAGCAAUCUGCAAGAGUUUUAUUAAGACUGACGGUAUGUUUACCAGUCAUCAGUUCCUGUUUGUGACGAUGGACUUUGUACUUUUAACUAUUUAAUUUCUCUUUUUACUCAGCGAUAUUAUCAACUGGGGUGAUAGACUGACAUGUAUACUAUCACAACAUUUGGGAUAAGCAUAGACUAGUAACAACACAGCACCUGGCACAAAACAAUUUCUCUACUACAUUCAGCAAUAACUGUGAUGUUUUUUUUUAAUUAUUAUUAUUGUUUACUGUUAUUUUAAAUCUGACCACUGUGGUAAUGUUCUUCAGAAUGUUCGGUGAACGUUCAACUUGGACUAAUAGUCUGCCUAUUAGAUCAGGCUACAGUUGUAAUCCCAGUGAUGUUGGUAAUCUGAAUGAUAAUCUGAUCGAGAACAUCAUCUAAGAUGGUUGGCGGAAACAGGACAUGGAGACACGUAAAUUCACAAAGUGCUUUUAAUAUCUCCCAGUCAAGUGUUGUGUAUAUGGAGCGGCAGCCAUGUCCUGUUACAAAGGAGGACGAGUUUUAGCAGGCUGUGAUAUCAUGCAUGUAUGUUGUUGUAUGUUUGUCUAUGGGCCGUAUGUGAGGCUCUGUGUGUAUCAUUAUGGUGUGAUUUGAUACCUUGAUGGAAGAUGACUGCUUCGUGCAAUCUAACCACAUGUCUCUUUCCAGCAUCGACAUGCCAGGCGUUGCAUGAUAUACCCAACCCAACAUGACGUAACUUCAAUUACAAUUCCUGAUUGUAUUUCUUAGGGCGCCUUUGGAAUUUACCUAAAGUGUUUGUGCUGCCGAUAUCAAAAACGGAUUGUGGGUCUGUGCCUAUGCCUGGUGUUGUGUUGGGGGUGUGUACACUUAUUUUUAAGUAAGUAAAUAUAUGAUAAAAUGUACAUAGGAUUUUGUCUUGAUAAGUCUAACUUGGAGGGCAAUAAACUGUUGUAUCAGUGAAA